AUGACUACUUAUACCAUCAACCCCAACGGUCUGUUCCCAGACUCAUAUGUCCUCGGGGGCAUGCCUGAGCUCGGCGAGGAUACCGACGAUACCAAGGUCCAGGUACAAGUCCUUCAGAAUAACAUGAUCUUUUGCGCCUUCCUGUUGAAUUUCAAAGAAAGUCAACCUCCACCUGGGAUUCCCCGUCAGUUGUUUGUACGGAUCCAAAAGUACGAAAAGAAUGAAUCUCCCCUGGCAACUGCUGCAAUCACGAACCUAGCCCGAACCGUCCUUCCUUCGCUGGUUCCGAAGGUCUGGGGUUCUGGAUACAGUUGGAUGAAAGACGGUACGAAGGUUUCCUAUGUCCUUUCUCAAUGGUACCCGGAUUCCUGUCCACUGGAAACAGUGUGGGAUGACUUGGGCGUCGAAAAUCGAGGAGAAAUUGUCGGAGAUUUAUUCGAGGCAGUGUCCAAGUUGUGUAGCCUCUCCUUGCAGAAGCUGACAUUCGAGCAAUGGCAAUUACUUCGGAACACCCCAUUCGAGACAAAGAAGACGGAGCUCUCCAUCCUAGUCGGCGGUCCGCCUUACGGAUAUCAUACCGACUUUGCGUCCCUAAUGCGCCGUAACCUCUGCCCCCGAAACGCCGAUUGCGCGGUGAACGGAAGGACUGAUGGGACUUUGGUCGUGAGUGUGCAUGCGCCCGAAGCGGAACACUUCGGGUUCGCUGAAACAGACUUGGAUCUGCUAACUCAAAGCUCAGUCUUGUGCCACAACGACUUGGAGCCCCACAACCUACUUGUUAAGAAGGUCUAUACCGAGCGCGGUGAUGAGUACAGGCUUGUGGCCAUACUCAACUGGGAUCAAGCAGGCUUCGUUCCCUUUGCCUUUGAGGUUGCUCGAAAAGAUCUACAUCUGGGCUUGCGGAACUUCAACUGGAGCUGGUACGAUAUGUAUCGGCAACUUGCUGGUCAUCAACUUUUCGACACUCCAGGUCGUCCGAUUUGGUCAAAGCUGAUCCGGUGCCUGAUGGCUGUUCAUUCUUCCUCCCAGGCUAAGAUUACUGAGAUAUCUACUUCGGACGGCACGGCGCAGAUGUUGUGGCUGGAGAAUGAAGGUCUCACGUUCUCUACUCUUGUUGAAGAAGGGUGGGUGAAGCUGCGCUCUUUUGUCGAAUUCCCGUCCGAUGACGAGCAGGAUAUUUGGGAUCCUUAG